AUGGCGAUUCGGCGAGCGCGGGGCGGGAUGACCUCCUCCCCGCUGAUCCCCCUAUUCCAGUGCCGUCUGUAGUCCUGCCGUGGGGAGGGUUAUGGGAUAUAAGGCCUGCUGAGAGCGCGGCCCCUGGGGUCCGGGUCGUGCUCCUCACGGCAUGGCGGCUCCGCGCCGCUAGGCCCUGCUCGGCCUGCCGUGCCUCCCCCGCCAUGCCGAGCAGCAGCGCCGCCGCGGCCUCCUGUGCCGCCGAGCUGCCGCGCCUCCCCCCCACCCCGCUGCCUCUGCUCCAGCAGCACAUCUCCGGCCUCGGCUUCCGCGACCAUGGCCUGCCCGCCGGAGGCAGCGGAGUGAUGGGGGUGGCCCGGCAGCGGGCGGGCUUGGCGCCGCCGCCCGACUCCCUCGGGGAGCCGAGGCUUGGCGCAGCGGGGGAGGCGGCGGCGAGGGGCGAGGGAGAUCUGGAGCUGGAGGAAGAGGACGAAGAGGACCACCUGGCCGCGCUGCUGCUGCUCUCCACGUCUUCCUCGCCCUCCCAGCCGCUCCCGCUUCUGCCGGCGCUGGGAUCCGUCCUGCUUUCGCCCGCUCUCGAUGAGCAGGAGGUAGCGGACGGGGCGCACGAUCCUGAGGGCAUGAUGGCGGCAAUGCUGUCCCACGCUUACGGCGGUGGCCUGAGUGGCGGCGGUUCGGUGGGCCUCAGCGGCGAGCAAACGGCGUUGCUCUGCGGAAAGAGCGUCAACACCACCGAGUGCGUGCCUGUGCCCAGCUCUGACCAUGUGGCUGAGAUCGUGGGCCGCCAGGGUUGCAAAAUAAAAGCACUAAGGGCCAAGACAAAUACUUACAUUAAGACCCCUGUUCGUGGAGAAGAACCAGUCUUUGUUGUCACUGGGCGAAAGGAGGACGUAGCAAUGGCUAAAAUGGAAAUUCUCUCAGCUGCUGAACACUUCUCCAUGAUCAGAGCAUCACGCAACAAGAGUGGUCCUGCCCUUGGAGGCCUGCCAUGUACCCCUAACCUGCCAGGUCAGAUGACAGUCCAAGUCAGGGUGCCUUACCGUGUAGUUGGGCUGGUAGUUGGACCAAAAGGAGCUACGAUCAAAAGAAUUCAGCAGCAGACCCAUACCUACAUAGUCACCCCCAGCAGGGACAAGGAGCCAGUCUUCGAAGUCACAGGAAUGCCUGAAAAUGUCAACUGUGCACGUGAGGAGAUAGAGAUGCAUAUAGCCAUGCGUACUGGGAACUACAUCAAGCUGAAUAAAGAGAAUGAUUUCCACUACAAUGGUACAGAUGUGAGUUUUGAAGGAGGCACUCUCAGGUCUGCAUGGCUUGCUUCUAAUCCUGUCCCUUUUAGUUGCACCAGAAUGAUUUCUAAUUAUAGGAAUGACAGCUCCAGCUCCUUGGGAAGUAGUUCCACAGAUUCCUGUUUUGGAAGCAAUAGAUUGGCUGAUUUCAGCCCAACAAGUCCAUUCAGCACAAGCAACUUUUGGUUUGGAGAAACGUUGCCUUCAGUGGGCACGGAAGACCUUGCGGUUGACUCUCCUGUGUAUGACUCCUUAUCAAUGCCUUCCCAAACCAUUUGGACUCCUUUUGAACCUGUAAACCCUCUCCCUGGCUUUGGUAGUGACCCUGCUAUUAAUACCAAGCCUCAAUACCGAGGGAGACAGCCAUCUACUCCUUGCCUGUCACCUACAUUUCCAGAAAGCCUGAAUCACCCGCUGGCUGGGAGAGCGAAUAAUGACCCACCUAGCACUGGCCACCAAGUAGGCCUUCCUAUCUACAUCCCUGCAUUCUCCAAUGGCACCAACAGCUAUUCAUCUUCCAAUGGUGGCUCCACGUCCAGCUCACCCCCUGAGUCGAGACAGAAGCUCAACUGCGUGAUGUGCUUCGAGAACCAAGUUGUUGCGGCCCUGGUCCCCUGUGGUCACAAUCUCUUCUGCCUGGAGUGUGCCAACAAAAUCUGUGAAAAGGAAGUCCCAUCGUGUCCUGUUUGCCAGACAGCUGUUACUCAGGCAAUUCAAAUUCACUCUUAACUAGAGAUAUUAUAGUGAUAUUAUUAUAUGUGGACUUUUAAAGACUUGAAGGCAUAGAUGUGAUGGUACCCUCUAGUAGACUUUCUAAUGAAUUCUGACUGUUUGACUUCCUUGGGAUUAGACUGAAGUUAUUAAUAAAUUUUUACUUUCUCAAAAGGCUGCUAUGGUAACACUAAACCUAAGGGGCCUCUGUCUGGUACAGUGUAAGCAGAUGGCAUGUUCAGCAGAGAUACAUCUAGUAUAAUGUUAUGGCACAGUGAGGGCAAGUUUUCAUAAAUUACACAACUGAAAAAAACCCUCAAAUUUUCCAGGCUUUUCUAAAGGAUCUCUGUUAAUUGUUUGGCUUCUGUGAGUUGGCAGCAAUGAACCUUGUUGCCUAAAUGCAAAAGUACUUGUCUGCUAUGGAGGAUGUGUAGUAUUAUCAAUAUAUCAAACAACACUUCCAAUGCUAUCUUCUACCAGCUUUGAGUAAAUUUUUUUUGCUUUAUGUGACAUCUUAUGCCUAAUUCUUCAGCAUUGCAAAUACCUUUUAAAGUAUAGUUUGAUUUAUUGCAAUGGAUUGUGUUAUUUGGCAGGUUCAGAUAAUAAAUGACAGGUGGGAAGAAAGAAACUGUCAGAUGUACCUCCAUUUUGUCCUUGAUAAGGGCAGUAUGUCCAGAGGAUCAGGAAUGUCUCAAUUUGUGAAUUCCUACCCACUGCUUUUGUUAGUGUAAUGUGGAAAAAGUCUGUCUGGCUUCAUCCAGUUACAGUAAGGGCUUUGGGAUGCACAUACUUUGACUUAGAGUGAUGAUGCUGACAUUCUGUUCAUUAAUCUGAUCAAGCUGUUCUUGACCUUUUUUAGAGAGUAUAUAGUUCGAAAUGUGAAGCAUUUUUAUGUUAAAUUCAUGUCUUACACAUAAAUAUAUAUUUUUAGUAAGAAAAAGGAAAAAGGAGGAGUUGUGUAAAUGCCCUUGUAUUAUUCGUGACAGCAGCUGUGACAGUGGCCCUGUAAUCAGUUUACUUCAUUUCAAAACUGUCUUUCCAAAAAAAAAAAAAGUCUCUUGAAUGAGCUUCUUACAUUUCAACCUGUGGAUGUUUCUAGCUUUUUCAUCCUCAGUACAUUCCCCCAUCUGUGCUGACAUAUAUUAAAACACCAAAAACAAACAAAAAAAAGACACAAAAGUAGAGUUCUGAUGUAUUUUUUUCCUCUUUUUUAAAGCAUUAUUUUCCCAAGACAAUCUUUUUCUCAGUGUAACAACAAAAAAGAAAUUGUGUAUUAAACUAGUAAAUAUGCAGAAAAUUUUAUUUUUAUUUCCACUUGAAGAGUUACAUUUUGUACAAAAGUUUACAACUAGGAGUUGCCUUGAAGGCAUAUUAUGUGCUGCAUAACUUUAAUACUAUAAUUGCUUGUAGGAUAGUUACAUGUCAGUAUUAAAAUCUGAUCUCUAGCUACAGUCUUGUAGAUGCGAACAAAUGUUCACUGAGCGUGUAUUUUGUUUUAUUGCAUUGUACACUGCAACUAAUAAGCCAAGGAAUCAAUAGACAUAAGGUGGGUGUACCACUUCUAUAAACCACAAACUAAGAAUAAACUGAUAAACUAUUGAUCUAGCUUAGUAUUUCCUAAUUUUACUACACACUUUGUUAUGUAUAUGUAGGGAGGUCAUAGGGACUAUAAAUUCAAUUUUGGUAAAGUUUAAAAACUAUAUAUUUUAUGAUAAAGGGCCUUUAAAUUAUGAUGGCCAAAGCACUGAUAUUAUAUAUUUGUUGUAAAGAGAAUUAUAAGAGUUUUAUUUUUCUGAUAUUAAAAGUUACUUAAUAAAGACUUGUUUCCAUUAA